CAGAUUUUCAACUCACACUAGAUCUAAAAGCAUUAAAGAAUAAAUAAACAUCACCAAACAAAAUUUUGUCAUGUCUUCAGGAAGAAGAAUGAAGCUGAACAGCGGCUAUGAAGUUCCAGUCAUAGGACUAGGUACCUGGCAAUCCAACCCCAACGAGGUCGCCAAGGCCGUCGAGCACGCCCUCAGAAACGGCUACCGUCACAUCGACGGCGCCCUGGUGUACGGCAACGAGCACGAGGUCGGCGAGGGCAUCCGGGCAUCCGGCGUCCCCCGCUCCGAGAUCUUCCUCACCUCUAAACUCUGGAACACCUUCCACCACCCGGAUGACGUCGAGGCCGGCAUCGACCUCACCCUCAAGGACCUCGGCACCGACUACGUCGACCUUUACCUGAUCCACUGGCCCGUCUCCUUCGCCCCGCAGCGGGAGAACCCCAGGGAGCUCUUCCCCAUCGACCCGGCCACGGGCGCCACGCACGUCGUCGACGUCCCCGACGCCGACACCUGGCGGGCCAUGGAGCGGCUGGUGGAGUUGGGCAAGGCGCGCAGCAUCGGCGUCAGCAACUUUACGCGCGAGCGGUUGGAGAAGCUGCUGCAGACGGCGAGGAUCAAGCCCGCGGUGAACCAGAUCGAGGCGCACCCGUACCUGCAGCAGCGGGAGCUGUUGGAGUGGCACAAGCAGCAGGGCAUCGUGGUGCAGGCCUACAGCCCGACGGGGAACAACAUCUACGGCAAGCCCAAGCCGAUGGACGAUCCCGUGGUUUUGGAGGUGGCGAGCCGGGUGGGCAGGACUCCGGCGCAGGUGCUGGUGCAGUGGGCGGCGCAGAGGGGUACCGUCGUGCUGCCCAAGUCGGUGACGCCGUCGAGGAUAGAUGAGAAUUUUGUCGACUUUGAGCUGCCGGCCGAUGAGGUCAAGAAGUUGGACGCGUUGGAGAGGCAUGCAAGGUAUAACUUUCCGGCGAGGUUGGGAGUGGAUAUCUUUGGGGAGGCGACUCAGGAGGAGCUUAAGGGGGCUGUGCAGGCUUUUAUUGAGCAGCAAAAAGCGGCCAAGAAGGCAUAGGGACUUAAGGGUGGACGGUUAGAUUAGAUUAGAGAUUAGAGAUGGAAAGCAUGGCAUUGAUUUGGAUAAACCGUUUGACAGCUUCAACGGAUUCUUUGUCUGGUAAUGGAGUUGAAAUCUCUUAAAUAAGAAACAGUUAGUGCUGCUGUUGGA